AUGACCACAGCAGCUGCUUUAUUCGAUGAAGCAGAUACUAACCGAGAUGGAUUCUUGUCUCAAAAUGAAUUUCGAAACUUUAUAGUACGACAUUCUACUGUUGGUCUUGAUACUUCGAAUUAUUCGACUGACAAUAAUUUGGCAACUGGUAGUGGUUAUGUAUCAUCAUCAUCAAAUUAUGAAACAUCAACAAUUGGUGAUAUGGGUUAUACUGGAGGUGAACUUGUUAGUAAUGCAGCAAAUAUUAAUUAUACAGAUGCAGGUUUGAUUGGAUCAUCAUCUGCAUUUCAAUCAUCGAAUUUUCAGCAAUAUGAAACAGAUGCUCAAGGAAAUUUCAAAGAUUCUAAUCCAGAAAUUAUACGACGACCUGAUCCAAAUGGACCACGUACUUAUACACAAAAUGUUCAAGUUCGAUUUCUUAAACCACCAGCUGUUCCACCACCAGGACCACUGAUUAUUAAAGAAGUACGACCACCGCAACCACCAGCACCAGCACCACUUCGCAUUCGUCAACAAGCUCCACCACUUCCUACACCACCGCCACUUGUUUUACGUGAACAACCACCACCAAAACCACCUAUUAUUUCAUCUCAGACUGUUGUUCGAAAUUUGGCUGCAAUUCCAGUUCCACCACGAUCAGUCGUUAUCGAGCGUAUACCUCCAUCACCAGCAAAACCACGUGAUAUUAUAAUUGAACGUUGGAUUCCAUAUGGACCACAGCCUUCACGAAAGACAAUUGUUCAACGUGCAGAUGCUCCUAACCCUUAUCCACCACCACGUAAUGUAAUUAUUGAAUAUGAACCACCAAAAGUACGUGUUCUUCGACAAUUUCAACGUCUUGGUAUUAGUCCAGAAAAUCCUCAAGAAUAUAUUCAACGUUACGGAGCAUUACUUAUUGAUUCUCAUACAUUAGUUCAACAAGCACGUGCUGCUGGUAUCAUUGAAGAUAUAUCAGCACCUGUUGUAAACGAUUCAAUUGCUGUUUCAUCUGCAUCAUCUAAUGGUGAUCUUAAUUUUGAAGCAAAUAAUAUUGGUGGAUUUGAUGCCAGAAAUAUUGCUAGUGGUGGUAGCCGUUCUUCAUUUUAUGAAUCAUCAUAUAAUGGUGAUAUCUCUGGACUUGGUGGCUUUCGUUCAACAUUAUCAAAUAUAUCACCAGCUUAUAAUUCAUCAACUGGCAGAUUAAAUGAAGGAAUUAAUGCAGUUUUUGCUGCAGCUGAUACAAACAAUGAUGGUGUCUUAUCCCAAACCGAAUUUCAAAAUGCUGGUUUUUAA